UCGACAUUCUUCUAUUCCCAUAAACCCUAAAGUCUUAUCUCGCCGUCUUCUCCUCUCUUUUUUUGCAAAAAACAGAGUUGCGAGUCAUCGGAAAAUCGUCGUUAAAGCCAUCUAAACAUGUCGUCGCUACGUAAUGCCGUUCCACGGCCAGCUCACAAGGAACGAUCUCAACCGCAAGCGAGGAAGAAGUUUGGUCUCCUCGAGAAGCACAAGGACUAUGUCAUCCGAGCUAAGGCUUACCACCAAAAGGAAGACAUUAAAAAGAAACUUAAGCAGAAGGCGGCUUUCAAGAAUCCAGAUGAGUUCUAUUACAAGAUGAUCAAUAGUAAAACAGUUGAUGGAGUUCAUAGACCAAAGGAAGAGGUAAACAAGUACAGUGCAGAAGAGCUUAUGAUAAUGAAGACCCAAGAUAUUGGAUAUGUCUUCCAGAAAUGGCAGAGUGAGAAGAACAAAAUUGAUAAGCUUACUGCAUCACUGCAAUGUACGGAGGACCAGCCUAGCCGGAGACAUGUCUACUUUGCAGAAGACAGAGAGGAAGCUAGAGAGCUGGAGUUACAAGCUAGAAGCAAAAGUGAUGUCACCACAAUAGCCAUUCCUAAAGAUAUUAAAAAGAAAAUGGACAGAUCAUACAGAGACCUCGAGGCAAGGAAGAGCAGGGCAAAAGACUUGGAGAAGCUAUACAUGGAUAUGUCAAUGCAGAAGGAGCUACAGAAAAAGGGUCGCAAACGUAAGCUGCGUGAGGACGAGAUACUCAACCCAAAUGGCAAACCGGUUUACAAAUGGAAAGCAGAUCGAAAACGCUGAAGUUAAAAAAAAAGCUUUCAUGGUUGUGUAGUAUCUUCUUCACAACAUGUUUUUGAUCUCAGUUUUACUAUAUAGUUUCUUCAUCUCCAGAACUUGAAAUGAGAAUUUCUGAUGGGACAUUGUUGCUAAGCUAAUUAGUUAAUGUGAUUGAUACACA